AUGAGGCCGCAUCAAUCAAACUCUGGAACACUUCUUCCUACCAUGUUAUUUCUCUGUAUUCUUAUAUUAUGUGCCACGCAUUAUGUGGAUAAGAAUGACUUUGGAAAAGUAUCCAAUAAGAAGAGCGGUCACAAUGUGUUUAACGUCAUAACUAGCAGAGUACUUAGAGGAUAUGAACAAACUGAGGAUUAUGGUGAAUAUGAACGUUUAAAGGAAAAAUUAAUGGGCUUAGUAGAUGAGGAUGAUACAGAAUUUACAAGCCGCCUGAAAUCUUGUAUGAAAGAUGAUAAAUUUAAAGAACAAUUCAAAUUAUUAAUGAAAGAUGAUGAUGAUAUUACCUCAGAAUACAGAGCAAUAAUCGGUGAUAAACCUUCUAAAAAGACACAUUCUAAUUCAGAGCAUACUGCGAACUCUACCAUGCCCGAAUGUAAAGAUAAAUCUUGUAAUAAAUAUGAAUCACAGUAUUUCAUUCCAGACUAUGAUUCUAGAAAUGUAAAAGAAUAUGGAAAUUCCAAUCAUAAUGGACCUAACCAGAAGAACUCCUAUAAAAAGGAUAUUGGUUAUGAUGAUAGCUCUGAUGAUGACUAUCAUAAAGAUUAUGACAGAAACAAUAAGAAAUUCUAUAAAAAAGAUUAUGCUGACGAUUAUGAUGAUUAUCAUAAAGACUACGAUAAAGACAAUAAGAAAUACUAUAAAGGAGACUAUGAUGGUGACUAUGAUGAUAGCUCUGAUGAUGACUAUCAUAAAGACUAUAACAAAAAAAAUAAAAAAUUCUAUAAAAAAGAUUAUGCUGAUGAUUAUGAUGAUUAUCAUAAAGACUACGAUAAAGACAAUAAGAAAUACUAUAAAGGAGACUAUGAUGGUGACUAUGAUGAUAGCUCUGAUGAUGACUAUCAUAAAGGCUAUGACAGAAACAAUAAGAAAUACUAUAAAAAAGACUAUGCUGAUGAUUAUGAUGAUGAAUAUAAUGACAAAUAUAAUGACAAAUAUAAUGACAAAUAUAAUGACAAAUAUAAUGACAAAUAUAAUGACAAAUAUGAUGACAAAUAUGAUGAUGAAUUUGGAAAUAAAUAUGAAAAUAAGCGCGAAAAUAAGUAUCAAAAUAAGUAUGAAAAUAAACAUGAAGAAAAACUUGGAAUUAAGCCUGGGUUCCAACCGGGAUUCCAACCUGGAAUUAAACCUGGAUUCCAACCGGGAUUCCAACCGGGAUUCCAACCUGGAAUUAAACCUGGGUUCCAACCGGGAUUCCAACCUGGAAUUAAACCUGGAUUCCAACCGGGAUUCCAACCGGGAUUCCAACCGGGAUUCCAACCGGGAUUCCAACCGGGAUUCCAACCGGGAAUUAAGCCUGGAUUCCAACCGGGAUUCCAACCUGGAAUUAAACCUGGGUUCCAACCGGGAUUCCAACCAGGAAUUAAACCUGGGUUCCAACCGGGAUUCCAACCUGGAAUUAAACCUGUACUUCAACCUGCAACUCAGCCCACAAAUCAAUAUGGAAAUGGCAUCAAAGAAGCAAAUAAGGACAGAAUCCAGGGAAAUAAACGAUGUAAUAAAAAAUUCCCCAAGAUACCUAUCAUUUCAGGGAUAAUUAAUUUUAUAAAAAAAACUGAUGCCAAAUAUCAAUCAAAAUUAGUACGAAUAUUUAAAGAAGAAAAGGAGAAAAAUCCUACAUUUAAUGAUAAGUCACCUAAAUUAAGCGCUAAAAACGUGCUCAAAGUCCUUUUACCAGUUUUCGGAGCAUCUGCCCUUUCCUUUGGCAUGAUUUUUGCUCUUGAAGGAAUAUAUGGAAUGAUCAUUUCAUUUGUAUUAAUAUUUACAUCAAUACUAUACGUUACAACUAGAUACAAGAGGGCGAUUAUUCUUUUAAACAAAUUAAAUAAUGCAGAAAAAGCGCAACCGAAUAAGGAUGUUAAAGUGCAACCAAACAAGGGAGUUAAUGCGCAACCGAAUAAGGGAGUUAAUGCGCAACCGAAUAAGGAAGGUAAAGCGAUGCCGAAAAGUGAAUUGAAUGUUAUGCCUAAGAAGGAUUCUAAAAUGGAACCCAGGUGGGAAAACAAAAUGCCAUCCAGAUGGGAAAACAAAAUGGAACCCAGAUGGGAAAAUAAAAUGGAACCCAGGUGGGAAAACAAAAUGCCAUCCAGAUGGGAAAACAAAAUGGAACCCAGAUGGGAGAAUAAAAUGCCAUCCAGAUGGGAAAACAAAAUGCCACCAAGAAGGGAAGAGAAUUUCCACACAUUCAAAGACAGUUAUUAUUAUAAGACAAGAUAA